GUAAUAGUGAUGGGAGCCACUAACCGUCCUCAGGAUCUCGACUCUGCGAUCAUGAGAAGAAUGCCGACCCGGUUUCACAUCAACCAACCUGCUCUGAAACAAAGAGAAGCAAUCUUGAAGCUAAUUUUGAAAAAUGAAAAUGUGGACAGGCAUGUAGAUCUCCUAGAGGUUGCUAAAGAGACGGACGGUUUCUCUGGCAGUGAUCUGAAAGAAAUGUGCCGGGAUGCAGCACUCCUCUGUGUCAGGGAAUAUGUUAAUUCUGCCUGUGAAGAAGAGAUCCGUGACGAAGAUGAAAUUCGGCCUGUGCAGCAGCAGGAUCUCCACAGGGCAAUUGAGAAGAUGAGAAGAUCGAAGGACGCCACGCUGCAGAAUGUUUUGAUGCACGUUAGUUUAGAUUAAGACAAAAGAGUGUGUUUGCAGUUUCUGAUGUGAUUUAGUUUGACUUCUGUAAUCAUUUAGCAAAAACAACAUCAGGGGUUGGGAGUGGGGAUGCUCCUUGAAUAAGGGAGCUCUGUUUCUGGAAUUGUUUUUAUACAACCAGUUCUUAAGUUAUUGAAAUUUUUGUCAUGCAACAAGAAGUGUAACAAUAGAUCACAAAGUUGAACAAUUAUAGCCCAGACCAAGAGCAGCUGCCUGUGUCUUGUCCCGUAAUCGAUACACUGCGGAGCCUUACAGCGGGUUCUGCCGUGGG